AUGCUCGCUGUCUGCCGCUUGCCCAUUGAACACGGCUAUCUGCAAAGAUGUCAUCGGCGGUCUGGGCUCCAUGUUCCGCUUUGCUGGGCCAGAGCAGCUUUUACGACUCGAGCCGCGGGUGACAAGCCAUUCUAUGUAACGACGCCCAUCUUUUACGUCAAUGCAGACCCACACAUUGGUCACUUGCAUUCUAUGGUCCUGGCGGACGUGCUCAAGCGAUAUCAAGCUCUCCGUUCGCGAAAACCUGCAUUUCUCGCAACUGGCACGGACGAGCAUGGCCUCAAGAUUCAGCGAGCCGCGCAGUCACAGGGUCUUGAGCCUAUAGAGCUUUGCGAUAAAGUGAGCCAGACGUUCAGGGCGUUGGCAUCAGCAGCCAGCAUUUCCCAUGACACAUUCAUACGUACAAGCGAGCCUCGACAUCGCAAAGCCGUCCAUGCGAUAUGGCGGAAGCUUUCUGACGCAGGCUACAUAUACAAGGGCUUUCAUGAAGGCUGGUAUGCAGUGUCCGACGAGGCGUACUAUACCCCAAAUCAGGUCAGGAUUGGCAAAGACCCAAAGACACGAGUCGAAUGCAUGGUCGCGGUAGAAUCCGGCCAGCCUGUCGAAUGGGUCAAGGAACACAACUAUAUGUUUGCCCUCAGUCGGCUUCAGCCUGCUCUACUCGGCUGGCUGACCAGCAACGAGCAAUCCGUCGUCCCUGCGUCCAGACGAGUAGAAGUCAUUGACGCCGUCUCUGCCGGUCUCAGCGAUUUGUCAAUCUCUCGCCCAUCUGCAAGACUCAAAUGGGGCAUAUCUGUUCCAGACGAUCCAGAGCAGACCAUCUAUGUCUGGAUCGAUGCUCUGACUAAUUAUCUUACUGUCACGGGCUACCCAUGGGCGGGCAAGCCUAACAAGCUCUGGCCGGCAAAUGCGCAUGUCAUCGGCAAGGAUAUCGUCCGGUUUCAUGCAAUCUACUGGCCGGCUAUGCUUAUCGCAGCUGGCCUACCGCUUCCACGUUCGAUCGUGACGCAUGCUCACUGGACGCAAGGCAAUUUCAAGAUGUCCAAGAGUCGCGGCAACGUCAUCGACGCUGUUCGCGCCCUGUCUACGCACGGCAUUGAUGAAGUACGAUACUUUCUCAUGCGGAUCGGAGGCGGGCUCGAGCACGACAGUGACUUCACGCUUGAGCAAUUGGAGAUUGUGACAAAGAAGGAGCUGGCAGGUCAGCUGGGCAAUUUGCUUCGACGUAUACAGUCAAAGAAAGUCCUUGGCUCGCUCAUAAAGCCAGGGCAUCUCUUUGAGCCUGAAGACCGCUUCGAGCACUCUGCCGCAGCACGAGUCGUCUUGAUCGAGCUCGGUGAAUUGCCAGAGCGAUUUGCAGAGCACAUGUCAUCGUGUCGUGUUGCCAACGCAGUGUCGGAAGUUGUCCGCAUGCUCUCGAUGGCCAACGCAUUUCUUGCAGAGGAAGCGCCGUGGCAGGGUGAACGCAUAGGACAGCCAGAUGCGCAAGUCAGCGUGUACACUGCUGCGGAGACUCUACGGGUCGCGGCUAUUCUCUACCAGCCUUUCAUGCCUGCAGCGGCCCAAAUGAUCCUGGACCAACUCGGCAUCUCAUCAGAGCACAGGAGAUGGUCGGAUCUCGCCUCUCGAUCAGUGAAGACGUCAAGAGCGCCACUCAAUGCAAAGGAAGCCGCGCCCGUGUUUGUUGUCAAUCGCAAUGGAGCGAGCUAG